AUGAUAAGUAGGUUCAAAGGACUAAUAACCAAACGGGUAGUAGAUGGUUACAAACCGAUUAAGUGGCCCUCAAGUAAUGACACAAUCGUUAUUGCGAUGUCUUCUGGUGUUGAUUCAUCUGUGGCAGCAUUACUAUUUUCUGAAUUAUUUCCCAAUUGCAAAAUUAAAGGAAUUUAUAUGAGCAACUGGUCACAACAAGAGAAUGAAGAAACACAUGAAAAAGGACAGUGCUAUGAAAGGGACUGGAAGGAUGUAUGUCAAAUAGGGAAAUAUUUGAAUAUACCCGUUGAUUUCAUAAAUUUUGAAAAAGAUUAUUGGAUGGAUGUUUUUGAACCGAUGCUACAUGGUUAUCAAAAGGGCAUAACUCCUAAUCCUGAUAUUGGAUGCAACAAGUUCAUUAAAUUUGGUAAAUUGUUCAGACAUCUUAAUUCCCAGUAUGGUAAAGACAACUAUCGUUUGGUCACCGGUCAUUAUGCCAGAAUAUUGCAAAAAAAUAAUGGUGAUUUUAACCUUUUAAGGAGUUACUACAAAAACAAGGAUCAAAGCUAUUAUAUGUCGCAAAUCUCCCCUUCAACUUUACCGAAUAUUAUUUUACCAAUUGGACAUAUGACCAAGCCGGAAGUCCGGGAAAUAGCUAAUUUUUACAAGUUACCAACCGCUAACAAACCAGAUUCACAAGGUAUAUGUUUUGUUAAUAAUUCUCAGCAUGGCUCAUUUAAAAAUUUCCUACAAAAUUAUAUACCGGAAAAUAAAGGUGAUAUCAUUACUAUACUCGAGGAUGGUAAAAAAAAACGAAAAUGGGGAGAGCAUACUGGGUUAUGGUCUUACACAGUGGGCCAAAAAAUUGGCUUAUCAAUGCCACAAGGGGACCACAGAUUUUCUGGGGCAUGGUAUGUCAGUGAUAAGCUGAAAAGUACCAAUGAGCUGGUGAUUGUUCGUGGUAGAGAUAAUCCUGCCUUAUAUAAAAAUACUGUAAAAGUACGAGAUUUUUGCUAUAUGGGAGCAGAUAUUGAACAGAUGAAAAAAGAUGUCGUUGCGGCAAUCAAGAGCGGUAUGUUAACUAUGCAAUAUAGAUCCCUGCAGGAGCCAGUGAGAGUCAAACACCUUUCCUACCUUAAAGAUGGUGAUGAUAGUACUGUACAGGAACUAGGAAUGGAAGUGGCACAAAGAGCCAUGGCGCCUGGCCAAUAUUGUUGUUUAUACAUAGGUGAUACGGUAAUUGGGAGUGGUACAAUUAUCUAG